UCCCUCUUCAUCGUCCUCACCCACAAGCCUCGACAAUUCAAAGGUCCAGCCUAGUCGCAGCCAGUCGCAGUCCUCGCUGACAGGUCAGAAGAUCAUUAACUGAACUCCACCAAUAACAAUGGGAGACUGGGGAUUUCUGUCGACUUUGCUGGACAAGGUCCAGUCCCACUCCACGGUCAUCGGGAAGAUCUGGAUGAGCGUCCUGUUCCUCUUCAGGAUCAUGGUUUUGGGUGCGGGUGCUGAGAGCGUCUGGGGCGACGAGCAGUCAGGUUUCACCUGCAACACUCAACAACCCGGUUGCGAGAACGUCUGCUACGAUUGGACCUUCCCCAUCUCGCACAUCCGCUUCUGGGUCUUGCAGAUCAUCUUCGUGUCCACGCCGACCCUGAUCUACCUGGGCCACGCCAUGCACGUCAUCAGCCAGGAGAACAAGCUGAGAGAGAAGAUGUUGAGCCCUGGUGGGAGCCAGCUAGUCAAAGUGCCCAAAUACACAAAUGAAAAAGGAAAGGUGAAGAUCAAGGGGAACCUGCUGGGGAGCUACCUGACCCAGCUCUUUUUCAAGAUCCUCAUCGAGGCUGCCUUCAUCGUGGGCCAGUACUACCUGUACGGCUUCGUCAUGGUCCCCAUGUUCCCCUGCUCGAGGAAGCCCUGUCCCUUCACCGUGGAGUGCUACAUGUCCCGCCCCACAGAGAAAACCAUCUUCAUCAUCUUCAUGCUGGUUGUGGCCUGCAUCUCUCUGUUCCUCAACGUCAUCGAGGUGUUCUACCUGCUCUGUACCCGGGUCAAAUGUGGGUCCAGGGCCAAUAAAAGCAAGAUCAAUUCAGCAGAGAACCCCGCCAGCUUGUCAGCUCCGAGGUGGCCGACUACAGAGGAGGUUCUCAAGCAGAACAAGCUGAACAUGGAUCUAGAGAGCAGCCAGAGCAUGGGUGGGAGUCUGGACGGGGCAAAGGAGGAGAAGCGACUGCUGAGCGGUCAUUAAAGGAAGUCUCUCCACCUUGUUCAGAUACACUAUAAAGACUGAAAGUUCUUACAAUGUGGUGCACAAUUUACAGAGCAUCAAGUUAAAGCUUCAUCAUUGCAUCAAAGUGAUAUUCUUUCCAUGAUGUCUGCCUGAGUUUGCUGUUUUAUGACCACCAGAAUUUGACUUUGCACUUCAACUGUAAAUCUAAAAACGGAAGCUGUGCAAUAUUAAGGAUGUAUUUAUGUAACUCGUUCGUUAAUCUGCGAGUGAGAGGAUGUUCGUCUGUGCUCUUUAACUUAUUGCUAAUGAUUAUGAUUGUUGUAGACUGCUGUUGUGUAUUGUAAAUGCAUUUUUGUAU